UCUUAUAUUUUUUCUUUUGUAAUAAAAACUUGCAUGUCAUUGGUCAUUCGUCACUUGUACAAACAUGGUUUUACUGGUGUGCAUUAAUUAAGUUUACAUUUACAUACAUAGGGAACAUUUAAAUACUGUGUUUUUUCUUUCAUUCAUCAAGACUAUGAUUUUUAAUUAAAAAAAAAUUUAAAUACAAACAAAUUGGUUUUAACUUUUAGCUUACAAAUAGGUAUAUCUUUUCCGAUUGACUUCUACCCAUUUACCCUACAUUUUAUUUUAUUUUUUUUUUUUUAAUAAAAUACACAGACAUUUGUCCUAGAAUCUUGAAAAUAUGUUGAUGAAUUUCUCGAGAUUUUUCGAACCACUUUAUAGACAAAAGAAUUGGCAGCCGUACUCGCGCAAAACACACAUGUUUGUAAUUUCUAUAGUGCCGUUUUAAUUCAUUGUAAUGUAUUGUAAUGGUUAAGUUUUGCUAUUGGAAUACUCUCAAAUAGAAUUGAGUCGAUUAAGCUGAUCGAAGAUGGUUAAAUUUUAUUAACGUUACAGCCUUCCGGGGGAGACUGGGGGGCUAUAUGCGAGGAAGGUAUCGAAAGGUGUGCCACGUACGUCUGAUCGCGGUGGCGUCGAUUUCGUCGGCCGCGAUCCGCAACGCCCGCCACGGUCGAUAACGGUGCGGUGGAAACGCGUCGACGUUGCCGUAAUCCCGCGCACACGCUCAGGGCGGACGCGGCGCGCGCGACGAUGUCGCGUAGCAACACGUGAAUUCCGACACCGACGGGUCCGACGCCCGGAGGCCGGCUUGGCAACGUCGCGGCGGCGGCGGCGGCGGCGGCGCGAAUUCCGCAUUCGCCGUCGGGUCGAGGGGUGUAGUAUCUCACCCGAUGCGGGAACCAGCUGGAACGUGUUUACCGGUGUCCGCGCAUCUGAUGACGUUUAAUUAUCCGAAGGAACGUCUCACGGGAGAAGUCAACGGGGGAUACUUCGGGGCUGUAUGUCGUCCGGGUUGCCCUUCGUGUUAUUCGCGAGAGAGACGGCAAGGUCGAUCUCAACGUGUAGAUUGCGCGAGAUCUUUAUACUCGCUCUGCCGCACCAAAAUAUAUCUUCCGCGAGUCGUCGCUUUUUAUUUUUGAAACUCCCUGCUGGGAUGAAGCUGCCCGUUGCCCCCCCUCCCACCACCUCUCAUUUCGAUACUCUUGCUCUGUCGUUACUUCUUUCACUCGGGGAACUUCGCCCACAUCCGUACUUAUUCCCGAGAAGAAAAUCUUCAUAUCAAAAUGGAUCAAAUUAUAUCAGAGCAGAUCUAAUUUUACAGACAGAUUGAUAGAAUUAAAUCUGAAUAGGGCAUAUUUAGUCGGAUGUAUUUAGAUUUGAUUGGACUUUCGUGGGAAACAAUCUCUAUGUCAGAAUAUAUCAAAUUAUAUCGGAGCAGAUCUAAUUUUACAAACCGAUUGGUAUAAUUAGAUCAGAAUAAGUACGGGACAUUUCCGAUGAGAUUUAAAUAGAGCUGAUUGGACUUUAUUACAUAUAUUAGCACUUAUUGUAUUGAUAUAGUAUAAUAUUUUGUAUAUUUACAGUGUUGGAACGAUUAGUCUCAAAUUAUAAAUGCAUUAUGUUCAAUAUGAUCAAUAAACAUUCGGUCUAAAUGUUAAAUGAAUGUUAUAUAAUAUAUUGUAUUCAUAUAUAAUUAUUAUUGUAAUUUGUGAAUGAUAGUCGACAUUAUAAAUCUGCGAAAUAUAUGUAUAUAUUAUACACAAUUGAUAUGAUUAUAUAUGAUAAUUCUAAUUUAGUUUAAUCUAUUUUGAUAUAAAAAUUUUCUCUCGCAUUAAUGUAUUUCGCCAUCUCAAAGAGCGUUUUUUUUCUUUGCUUUAGGGUCGGUUGUUCCAACUUCUUGGUAAACUUACCUAUCAGAUAAAUAUGUUUGUCUUUAUUUAUUUAAGAAAAGAAAUGAAGAUAGACACACGCUUACCCGGUAGGUAAGUUAAUAAAAAGUUGGAACAACCGGCCCUUAAUCUUUCUUUAUCGGACACGUAUAUCUAGAAUAGAAGCAAAUAGGCCAGAUUGUGUGUGGAAUUUGUUAAAAAAAGAAAAGUAUGGUACUUUAAAAGUGUUAUAUGAAUUUGUUAAGAAAACAGACAGAAUAAUAUCUAUUAAUCAAAAUUAGAAUAUUUUAAAUUAUUCGAAAUCAAUAGAACAAGGAGUGUCAUGUAUCUAAUCGCAAAUCAGACACGCUAAACUUUCCAAAGAAAAGUAUACGCAUGUCUCGGGUUUUAUUUCUCCUAUUUACUCAACUUGCAAAAUUUAAGCCAUUUUUGCUAACUCUGUUAUCUAAUUGUGUUAUUAUCGUUUGUAAAGCCAUUUAUGCUAAUAUCUUGUGUACAGUUGGAAUCUUCUUUUUUAUUAUAGCAUAUGACAUAGCACGUUUUGCAUCGCUUCGCACUUUUGCGGAAAGCUACGACGUGAUAUAUGUAUGAAUUAGUACUCUAAAAUGAAACGGAACUUUACUCUUAUCCCUGUAUUUUUGUGUACAGUUAAGUUGUACGCCUAAUAGAAACUUCCUGUUGCUGAGUGUUUCUUUCAUUAGGUUGCUGCGGGAAGUGCAAAUCCGGAAGAGUCUUUCGAAAGCCAUUAAUGAUUCUACUUCAAUUAUUAGAGCGACUAGAUCACAAAAAGGGUACAUGAGAGAUUUGUUAAGCGAAGAGGAAAGGCAGUCGAAAACUAAACUUUUGCACAAAUUGUACUUUUUAUUAUAUAUAACAAUAAGUUUUUUUAUUAUUAACAUAUGAACUUGCAAAUAAUUUAAAGGUGCUAUUAUAUUUAUUACAUGACAAAUUUUUCAGAUAUGUUGAUUGGCUGUAGAACAUUCAUAUAUAAUAGAGAAAGGCCGCUAAUAUAAUAGAUAGACAUAAGCCUUUUAAAGCUGCACCUUUUUUUCCUCGAAAAUUAAACAUUGCACUGUAUUAAUAUUGAUGAAAACAUAAUCUGUUUAAUUAAUUAAAAAAAUAAAAACCCAUAAUUUAUUCAUUCUUUAAUGACUUUUUUCUGUAUAAAAAUCGAUUAAAAAUGAAUUUAAUCUGAUCUAAUCUUUAUAGCUGCACUACAUUUUGCGUCUCGCAACCAGCAUAAAGUAUUUGUAUAACUUACAAGAAAAGUUUUAUAUUAAAGUGAAAGGUCUAAGAAUCUUAUAUUCAUUAACUUGUAAAUAUUUUCUACAAAUAGAAAAGAAAAGAAAAAUGUAAACUUAUACUUAUCCUACAUACUUUUCAUGGAUGUUAAUUUCUGGUUAUAAUGCGCGAAAACAAUUGUUACAAAAUAUAAAAGAAUGUUAUAAAAUCGUUAUAUCAUUUAAAAACACUUUCUAGUUUACAUUUGUAUUCAGAGUUUUAUUUUUAGCUUUUGUUUAAGAAAUACUAUUCAAAAACAAAGUGAUAUAUCGAUAACCUUCCUCUAUCGGCUUCAAGUUCUUGCUGCUUUGAGCUGUGAUCGGUCAUCGCGCACAAGCCUAAUUUACUCGAAUGAAAUUACAUUAAAAUGAAUACAAGAAUAUGUUUUUACGAAUAAAAAAAUAUAUAAAGAUUUCAAUUCGAAAAAAUCUUCGAAAAAGCAUGGCUGGUUAUUUUUUAUCGACUGGUGUAGCUACGAGAAAUUGCGAUUUCGAUUUUCGAUUUUAUUUGGCGAGCGCGGCCAUGCAUGCGGUUGCGUAAAAAUCAUGAAAAAUAAUAUGUCCUUCCUGCCUGAUGUCCGCGCGCGCGAAUGUUUCCAUACGCGCCUGGACGCGUGUGCGUGCGCCCGGGCGCGUGUGCAUGUGGGUAACACGCGGCGACGCGAUUCCGCCGUUCUUUCGACCCGCGACGCGGCCUCGCCGACUGGCGCCGCCGGUCUGGCAACGUCGCGGGCGGCAUAGAUUCCGCUCCGCAACCGCAACCGCACGUUCGCCGCCGGGCCGCCAUGAUACCAAAGCCGUACUGGCCGUGCAACGGUUUCUCCGCAGUGACGCGCAAGCCGCUGCCGACACGACAACGCCGGACGACCGACGGCGCACUGCGGCUGCUAUUCCGUUACCGAUUUCGAUCACUUUCGCAUAUUCGCCAAUUAACACCAGCGACCGCCGUGGUCUUGGUGCUCCAUCUCCGUCGAUCGAGCUCUUUUUAUCCAAGUUCGAGUUCUUCACGUGGAAUUUCGAUUCGUAUUUUCGUCGUCUCUAUUUUUGAGACGCGUUUUCCGUGUUCGAAGGGACUCGGAACACGAUUUCCGGAGAAAUUUCGAGAAAUUACUAACAAUAAUUUUGCCGCGUGGUGCGAGAUCGAGUUGCGAAGCGAAAGGACGACCGAGCGGAGUAAUUGGAGGAAGGAAAAAGAAACUCUUGGUGACUCUCUAUGAGCAUGUUCGACACGGAGAGGUUCAUCGAGGAGAUAGAGAGACGGCCGGCGAUCUACGAUGUGAAUCGCGGCGAGUACAACGACCGUAACGCCAAGAUGACCGCGUGGGACGAGGUCUGCCAGGUGAUGGUACCGAAUUGGGCGCGCUUGACGGACGAGGAGAGAAAUGUGGAAGAGAAAAAUUUGCGCGGGAAAUGGAGGAACAUACGAGAUUACUUCAUGAAAGAGCUCAAACUUCAGAAGGCGCAGAAAUCUGGGCCCGCCGGCCGGAAACGAAAGAAGUACAUGUACUUCGAUCGAUUGCUGUUCCUCAUGCCAACAGUCGAGAAUAAGAGGGUUUCCACGAUCAUCACUCCUCCUUGCAAAUCGGAGGAAAGCGAGGGGGAGAUGGACAAUCCCAUGAUCGAGGAAUACGACCCUCUCACUCAGACUGCUUCCAUAACGGGUAGUCGCGAGUAUCUUCAGGCGGGUACACCCUCGUAUAAGGUGUGUCCGCGUUAUUCGAAACAGCUCUGCGAGACAUCCUUCACGCCAUUCGACAACGAGAUACACGACAUCCUCUCCUCGCACAGUAGUCAGCGCGUCACCGUUGACGAGGAUGACUACGACAAGAUGUUCCUCCUUUCACUGCUGCCAAUAAUCAGACAAAUACCGGAGGAGAAGAAGCUGGAUGUUAGGAUACAGAUGCAGCAAGUUCUAGCCUCUGCGCUGCGUUCAUCCGAUAAUAAUAUAUGAAGCGUUCGACGUGCAUUUUUGGGGAAAGAAAAAUGGCUAUAGUCGAAUUUGAGCCUUUAGUUUUUAAAUCUCUAUUAGCUUGUAAGGUUUUAUAAAUUUAAAUGGUGAAUAAACAAAUUAAAAAAUUUAUAUAUAAAAUCAGAAAUCACUACAUCUUAAUUUUGAUUCUAAUUUAAGAUAAUAAAAAUUAUUUUGUCUAUAAUGUCUUAUGUUUACAUUCGGUAAUGUACUUUGAUACAUACAAAAUAUUACGUAAGUUAAAGUAAAUUGUAAAUAUAUACUUAUUUUAAUUAAGAUAUGAUAAUUGCAAUUUUGUAACUAUUGUAUAUGAUGUAGAAUAAGGAUUGUGCCGAAAUAACUUAGCAUAAAUCAAUUAUGAAAUAUUUUAGGCUAAGUAAUGAAUAAAUAUUAGAUUAUAUAUUUUAAAUUAUAUAUAAAGUAAGCAUGGAUAUGAAAUACUGCGUCUGUGAUAUUAUGCUCUCAUUAAUUGAAGAGACGAAGACGAAUAUGUCAUGCAAUCUUACCUAAUAUUCAAUUUAAAUAUAUAUAUAUAUAUCAUAUA